AUGGAGACCCUUCUCGCACACUCCUUCGACUAUCUCUCCUCGUACGAGCCCAGCAAGGUUCGCAAAGGUUUGCGCCAGGUCGAAGGCCUUUUGGCUCAGAUAUGUCUAUCAAAAUCAAAAUCCACCGCCGACCGCCGCCGGUCAUAUAUGACCACCGAAGCUCACCCGGCACCCAAGGCCUUGGCUGAAUUGCGCGAGGACCCGGCGUUUCGAGAAUUCUUUAAGUUACAAGAAAGCUUUCAGUGGAAUGUCGCCAUGCGCCUAGUGGCCUGUCUGGAGCACUUGCUCGGCCGCGGGAGCAGCGGAACCAACGAUAUGCUCAUUGUCUGCACGCUGGAUUUGAUUCAAGGCGCCCUCCUCCUCCAUCCUCCUUCGCGCUCUCUGUUCGCCCGCGAAAUCUACAUGAACCUCCUGCUGGAUCUGCUCGAUCCUAUCAACUGCCCCGCCAUCCAAUCGGCCACCCUACUCACCCUGGUGACCGCACUCCUCGACUGUCCCGCCAAUACUCGCACAUUUGAAGAUCUCGAUGGUCUCCUGACCGUGACAUCCCUUUUCAAGCAACGUGCCACCUCCCGCGAAGUGAAGCUGAAGCUUGUCGAGUUCCUGUACUUCUACCUCAUGCCCGAAACGCCCGUCCUCGGUCCCAGCUCAAGUCCCCCGCCACUGCAACGCAGCCCAAGCAAGAUCUCCGCGAGGCCCAUGUCGCAAAAUUCACAAGUUUCCACCGCCUCAGGUCGAUUGACACGGGAAACUCGCACAACGGACGAGAAGCAAGCGCUUCUAGGGCGGUAUCUCAACAAUGUGGAGGAUUUGGUCGAAGACUUGAAGGAGACGGCACCCUUUGGAGCAACAGUUUAUUGA